AUGAAGCUAGGCUUCGACUCGAACGUCGUCGCCAGCAUGUCUCAAUUCCAACUUGAACAAUCAUCCGUCAUCAAAACCGCCCCUCCAGGACGUCAGCUAGAAUUUUCGCCCAAGAAUGAGCCGAUCGAUUUGGCGCCACUUACGCAGUCCAAUCUGCAGGACCUAUCGAAGAUGCAGCCAAUCGACCUGAAUUACUACAAUACAAAUUACCAACGAGCGUACGAGUAUGCUGCUAUCGGGCUCGGCGGGCAUAAUCAGUCCUCAUUAAUCCCCACUCCCUCAACUGCCGGACAACUUUACUAUGGAUUCCCGAACGGUGUCGUCCAGCAGGACUGGGGUAGACCGAUGGACACUUACACGGCCUACCCUCGAGCCACUACACUUCAGUACAACCCGCAGGAGAACCAACAGGAGCGAGUUUACAAAGGAGUAGAUAUGCCAAGCCCGGUGGAUUCGGGAAUAGGAGCCGACCUAUCGAUGAUAACAGGAGCAAAGGAGGAGUUCUUCCAAACAGACUCGAUGCUUGAUCGAUCGGCCGAACGGGCACUUAGCCAUCGAGAUUCGCCAGUAGUUAUACCGAAAUUACACAACCCGCUAGGUUUUCAAUAUGUUCUCGAAGCGCCGAUCUCGACGUCUAUUCGGAAAGAAGAUGACCGGAUGACCUACGUGAACAAGGGGCAGUUCUACACUGUAUCCCUCGACUACAUCCCCGACAUCAACAAACCGCUGAAAAGCGUCACCGUCAAGAGUCAGCUGAUGAUCGUCUUCCGAGAAGACAAAACUUACGAAGAAGAGAUCAAAACAUGGCAGUUUUGGCACAGCCGUCAGCAUUCCGCCAAGCAACGAAUUCUAGAAGUGGACAGCAAGAACAGCUCAGGAAUGAUUGGCCAAAUCGAGGAGAUCGCUCACAAUGCUGUGCAAUUCUACUGGAAUCCUUCUGAAAAUGGUGUCAAGAUCAGCAUCGCCACACAGUGCCUCUCGACAGACUUUUCGAACCAGAAAGGCGUGAAGGGUCUACCGUUGCACGUCCAGAUCGACACAUACGAUGGCGAAAACGAUAAGCAGCCAUUUCAUCGGGGGUACUGUCAGAUCAAGGUGUUCUGCGACAAGGGUGCCGAGCGAAAGUUGCGAGACGAAGACAAACGAAAUCAAAAACGCAAACUAGCAGGAGCCUUGUCUGGAAGGAAAAAGACAGACGGUGAGUACCACGAACCAUGUGAGCGCUCCGAGUUCUAUCACAUGAGGGAAUUGGAUAAGCCGGCUGCUUUGUUUAUUGCACCUGAUGAGUAUGACUCACGGUAUUUGGACGGAUCCUCGUUGGGAUACGAUGGUUUGUCGGAUAUGGAGCCCGUCGCGAAACGACCGCGACCGUCCGAACGGAUAAUGUUGUACGUUCGGAAACGGGACGAUCAGAUCUACACGCCGUUGCAUGUGAUCCCCCCGUCACUGGAUGGUUUGGCCCAAGCAGUCGCACACAAGUUCGGAAUCGAUUCGCAAAAAAUCAGCGGUCUGUACAAGCGAUGUGCGAAAGGAGUAACAGUAAAGAUGGACGACGAUAUGCUCCGCCAUUACUGCAACGAGGACACCUUUAUUCUGGAUGUUGAGCCGGCUCCUGAGGACUCAUCUUGUUUUGCAGCCACCUUAGUGGAGAUUAUGCCGCCGCAAUAUCAAUCCAGCUCAGGUUGA